GCCCUCAGCAUAGGCCACAGCCAAGAAGGGUUCAUGUCUCUGAACUCUACUGCCUUCUCCCACCCUCCCUAUUUCCUCCUCAUUGGCAUCCCUGGGCUGGAGGAGGAGCAGUUCUGGAUUGCCUUCCCCUUCUGCAUCAUGUAUGGCGUCGCCCUGCUGGGGAACAUCACCCUUCUCCUCAUCAUCAAGGCAGAGCCCAGCCUGCAUGAGCCCAUGUUCCUCUUCCUGGCCAUGCUGGCCUUCACUGACCUGGUCCUGUCCACCUCCACACUACCCAAAAUGCUCAGCAUCUUCUGGCUGGGCUUCGGGGAGAUUGGGUUUCCCUCCUGCCUCACUCAGAUGUUCUUCAUCCACACCUUCUCCACGGUGGAGUCGGGCGUGCUCUCAGCCAUGGCCUUGGAUCGCUUUGUGGCCAUUUGCUGCCCACUGAGGCACUCCACCAUCCUCUCGGGGCCCGUGGUGGUGGCCCUGGUGAGCCUGGUGCUGGUGCGGGGGGUGCUCCUGGUGAGCCCCACGUGCUUCCUGGUCCACCAGAGACGCUUCUGCCAGCACCACGUCAUCGCCCACUCCUACUGCGAGCACAUGGCCGUGGUGAAGCUGGCCUGCGGGGACACCAGGGCCAAUGUCACUUACGGGCUCUUCGUGGCUCUCCUGGUGACAGGGACUGACCUGGUGCUGAUCUCUGUGUCCUACACCAUGAUCCUGCGUGUGGUGGCGAGGCUGCCGUCCAGAGAGGCCCAGCUGAAAGCCUUCAGCACUUGCACGUCCCACGUCUGUGUCAUCCUGGCCUUUUACACCCCUGCCCUCUUCACGGUCCUCGCCCACCGCUUUGGGCAGGGCAUCCCUCCCCCUGUCCACAUCGUGGUGGCCAAUCUGUACCUGCUCGUGCCCCCGACACUGAACCCCAUUGUGUAUGGGGUGAGAACAAAGAAGCUCUGGGACAGGGUGGUCAGACUCUUCCAGCGCAAGGGAACCUGACCCAGAUGGGCUCCACUCGAUCAUCCUAAAGGUCUUUUCCAACCUUUAUGAUUCUGUGUGUGACUCAGACUGUGCUCAUAAUUUACUGCAGCUGCAGGGAAACUGAAUGAAAGAUAACACCGGGACCAUUCAGGGAGGAGCCUCCCUCCCUACCUGGAGUUUAAGAGAUCCAUUCUUGCAGAAAUCACUUGAUUCUCUCCUCUGUUAUCACUGUCCAGGAGGUUUCACCCAUUGUGCGAUGAAACUUGGCAUAAGAACAUUCAGUCUGACUUCUAUGCCACUGGGAAUGCAGUGUUCACCCCUCCCAGGAGUUAAACUCCUCACUGCUAAAAUCCUUCCACUAUUAAAAAAAAAUCCUCUCCUGACUAAUUAUUUUCACUGUAAGGCUGAGUAGGUCUGAAAGACCUUCCUGCAGCAGAUUUCAUCUUAUGAAGUGUUCUGGGCUGUGUGAUGGCAUUUAAAAGCCCUGUAAAAGUGGCAC